AUGGACACUGGGCACGUAAGCAGAUCCCGCUUCAGUGUGGCCUCCAGCCCGCCGCGGUGGGAGAUCGGGCUCUACGCCGCCGGAGCCUUGGCGCUGCUGGGAAUCGCAGCCAUCAACCUGUGGAAGCUCUGGCGCUCCGGGAGCUACCCGGCCCCUUCCCCCUUCCCCAAUUAUGACUACCGGUACCUGGAGCAGAAGUACGGAGCGGCGUGCCCGGACAUCAGGAGCAAGCGAGGGCUGGCCCCGGGCUCGCAGCGGGCGCCAGGUCGGAGCUCUUCGUCCCGCAAGAGCAGCCUGAGAGCAGAGGACACCUUGGAGAGCAUCCAGGAGCUGGGCAGCCUGGAGCUGAUGGGCAGAGACCUGGGCCUGGCCCACUACGGCCCCCUGAAGAAAUCCAUCUCGGCCGACUCCCUCAACUCCAUCUCGUCCAUCGGGAACAACUUCGGGCAGGAUUUCACGGUGGGGCAGGUGGAGGUGUCCAUGGAGUACGACGGGAGGGCGGCCGCCCUGCACGUGACGCUGCUGCAGGGCAAGGACCUGCUGGAGAAGGAGGACGCGCGCUUCGAGUCCUGCUUCAUGCGGAUCAGCCUCCUCCCGGCCGAGCAGAUCGUCGGCAUCUCCCGGAUCCAGAGGAGCGCCUACUCGGUGGCGUUUGACGAGCGCUUCUCGGUGCCGCUGGAUCCGGCGGCGCUGGAGGAGAACAGCCUGCGCUUCUCCGUCUUCGGCAUCGACGAGGACGAGCGCAGCGUCAGCACCGGCGUGGCCGAGCUCAAACUCUCCGACCUGGACCUGGCCACGCGUCCCUUCAAUGCCUGGCUCUACCUGCAGGACACCAACAAGGCUGUGGACACGGUGGGGGAGAUCCUGCUCUCCCUGAGUUACCUGCCCACGGCUGAGCGGCUCACGGUGGUGGUGGUCAAAGCCAAGAACCUCGUGUGGAGCAAUGGGAAGGUGACUGCAGAUCCCUUCGUCAAGGUGUACCUGCUGCAGGAUGGGAGGAAGAUCAGCAAGAAGAAGACAGCAGUGAAGAGGGGAGACACCAACCCCGUGUUCAAUGAGGCCAUGAUCUUCUCUGUGCCAGCCAUCGUGCUCCAGGAGCUGUCCCUGCGUGUGACGGUGGCCGAGAGCGGCGAGGAGGGGCGCGGUGACAACACGGGCCAUGUGCUGAUCGGGCCGGCGGCCAGCGGCAUGGGCACCACGCACUGGAACCAGAUGCUGGCCACGCUCCGCAAGCCCGUCUCCAUGUGGCACCCGCUCCGCAGGAAUUAG